AUGUCCAUCACCCCGGAUUCACGGACACCUGCGCCCGAGGACAUCCUCAUUCGAACGGGCGAAUGCCGCAACAGGAGGUUGCAUUGCAGAAAGGAUCACCCGCGUGGGGGUUGCUAUGACUGGUCUUUGGAUUCCUCCAGCCAGCGUGGGGGUGGAUUCGAACAGUCCAGGAGCAUGGGUGCGUUUCUGGCAUCUCGAAGCGAUGAAGAUAGGUGA